AUGUAUACAAUCGUUUUCUAUAUAGCACUGAUUUUUCUAUUAUUUUGUUCAACAUUAAUACGGCAACAAAUAAUUGACACACGAAUGUUUGUGCCAAUAGAUUCAUUACGUAAAUCUGAUAUAUGUUCAAUAAUAAGUAUUGCAUUGCCACCGAAAGAAGAUCACAAUUGGAUACAACGAGUUGAUGGUCAUCAUAGUCGUCGAACGAUGCUUUACUUUCUAUUGUCAAUUCAAUCAAAAUCAAAUAAUGAACAACUAUUGAAUUUUAUUUAUGAAUGUUAUCCAAAUUUUAAUUGGACCUUCGUUUCAAAAAAAUAUCUUCAUUUAAAAAAUUCAUUUGAACUAUAUCAAAAACAGAAUCAGGCUGAAGAUCUAGGAAACUAUUGGCAAUUAAAAAUACCCACCAAUUCAUUCGGUCCAUUGAAAUCUCGUGAAUAUAUAUCUCGAUAUCGUUUGAAUGGUUUUCAACCGAAUGAGCUUAAAAUUUAUUGGAAUUAUAAUCAAAUUCAAACACUUGUAUCCUGUGCUGAUUACAAUGCAAAAACAGAUAGCGAUGCAAAAAAUUCUCUAUUAGCCAAACCGGUUUAUGAACGGCGUCAUACUGGAAAAAUAAGUUUUAUUCUAUCGGGCAUUCAAGAUGCUGUUUUUCAGGUUCCUAACGGUAAACAAGUGAUUGUAUUGGAUUUUGCUGAUGAACGUAUGCCUGGUGGUUAUUAUCUUGAAAAUGCAAUGACACAAGAAGAAGUUAUUCUUUAUAAUUCUGAUGGCUAUCGUGCUUUAUUAGAUUUGAAAUAUACAAUGAUGGAUGGAGGCUAUAUGUUGCCUGAAUAUGGAGUUGCUUAUAUAAAACGUGUACGAUUUUUCCAACAACGAACCAAUGAAGAGCGUCUUACAGAUGUGAUCGUUGCUGCUUGCUAUGACUUGUCUCCUAGCGGAGAAGGUCUCUACAUGCCACCGUCACGUAACGAUGAAGAACAAAUACGUUAUCGUACUCAUCAAAAAUUUCAAGCUAUAAUUGCUUCAGCUGUUGCAAAUACAGAAGGAGAUGGUAAAAAUACAUAUUUACUAUUAGGACCCAUUGGAACAGGUGCAUUUUUUAAUGAUAAAAAAAUGAUAGCGGAAUUGUUUUUUGAUAUAUUAAAUAAUUCACUAAUGUCUUCAAAUGAAGCUAUCAGAUAUGCAUUUGAAGAAAUAUGGUUUGUAUCAACGCAUAGUCUCGAAGUAUUCGAAAAUGUAUUCGGAAAACAUUAA